CAGAACCUAGACUUGCACGGCCGUGCGCUAUGCCUGGCCUGGCCGUGCGAGCUCUCGGCCAGGAGUGCACGGCCAAAAGCGACAGGUGCACAGCCGUGCGCCUCGGCUCGGCCAGGCCGUGUCGGCCUGCACGGGCAGAAGCACGCCAUGCACGGCCGUGCGCGCCUGCCCGUGCGGCCGGGGGUGCUUCAGCUGACGGUGAUGAUGGAACUGCUGGCGCUGCUGAUGAUGAUGCGUUCAUGAACGACAUCGACCUCGACGAUCUUGGCGACGAGUAGGCUGUACUCGUUGCCCGUCUCAGUGUGUUUUCUUUUUCAUUGUAGACUUUUGUGUGUUUGCUCCAUGUGUGCGGAGCUUGAACUUAGUGUCGUUUGUUUUUGUUUUUGGUUUUUCCUUUGUGGUUUGAUGUAGCCGUCUGGGCUAACACUUAUCCCUAACGCACAGUGUGCUAGUGUGUUUCUGAUGUUCGAUUUGUGCAGCAUUGUCCACUCCCCCGUUCGUUUCUCGCUGACUGGUCCACUUCCAGUCCCCCAGCAGUGUUCCUACCCGGUAACAUCGUUCCCCUUAUCUUUCCCUCUGCUCCAUUGAGGGCAAUGUCGUUCUUAAGUGUGGGGGGAUGCUUUGUAUCGGUUGGAAUAUUUAUGAUGGUGCUUGGAGCCUAGUCCGCUGUCCGAAUCUUACGAUUUGAGGGCUCCAAGUACUGCUGUUUGAUCAUAUUGGCACUGUGUUUUGAUGGAUGAAUUGAUUGGUUUUCGGAUUAAUGCAUGACAACUUGUUUGCGACUAGGACAACCUAUGAUGAGGACUGAGAUGUGCAGUAAAACGAUGUAGGGGUUCAGUUUUUCAACUGUUUGCUUGCCAACUGUGACUUGAUCUGACUUGAUCUGAUUACUUGUUCUUAACAGUCGUUUAUGCAUCUAAUUCAGGGUAGCAGAAUAUGAGAUAGAGCAUAUAGGUAGCCAUGUGAGAUUUGAGCCUGCUCGUUUCUUUCUUGUGCGAUAGAUCCCUCUUCCAUGAUGUGUAGCAUUCACGUUGUCACUAGCUAAGAUGAUGGGGGCAUAGGAUUAGCCCACGCCCAAAACUGACUGUCCUGAUGUGUCAUAUCCCCUAGUCAGCCCCUUUGAGCCGUGUGUUAUCCUUUCUUUUGGUCUAUAAUGGAAAAAAAUCACCCUUGUUGCAUCUUUUAGAAGGUUCCACAGAGUGGUUUUUUAUAUAUUCUCUGCUGUUUCUGCUAAAGUUUAUGUGAGUGUUGGAGGUAGUGCUUAAAAGUUGGGCAGGUGUUUGAAGUUUAUGCAGAAGUGGUGGCUCUCUUAAGAAAUGAAAAGAAAAAUG